AUGGGAAGACGGCCACCUUGUUGCGAUAAAUCACAUGUCAAGAAAGGAUCGUGGACUGUGGAAGAAGAUGCAAAGAUUCUUGCAUAUGUUGCUAGCCAUGGAAUUGGCAAUUGGACCUUGGUUCCCCAAAAAGCAGGUCUUAACAGAUGCGGAAAAAGUUGUAGAUUGAGAUGGACUAAUUAUCUGAGGCCAGAUCUCAAACAUGAUAGUUUCACACCUCAAGAAGAAGAACUCAUUUUGAGACAUCAUCAAGCUAUAGGCAGUAGGUGGUCAUUGAUAGCAAAAAAACUGCCGGGAAGAACAGACAACGACGUGAAGAAUCAUUGGAACACAAAACUUAAGAAAAAGCUUACUAAAAUGGGGAUUGAUCCCAUCACCCAUAAACCUCUCAGUCAGCUUCUUUUGGAUUAUGGAAACAUCAGCCACACCAUCCCACAGAACACAAGGCCUUUAGACCACCCCCUCCAAGACCCCUCAGAUUUCUCUCGUGCAGAUAGUUCAUUGACAAUGAUGGACACGUUUCAAGAACAACACGCUCCAAUGAACUUUAUCACUGCUCAUUUCCAAGCCAUGACUGAAGCUUCAUCCUCUACAUCAUCACCUGCUUCUAAAGUCCAAGUAAAUUUACCAUCAUCUCCCUCCAUUUGGAGCGAUUAUCUUAUUGGUGAUCAAGAACAAGAGUGUACCAACGAGCCCAAUCUUGGCCUUUUAUCAAUGAAUAAUGAAAACACGAGUAGUUAUAAUGAGUUGCAGACAAAGAACAACUUAGAUGUUGCUGCGGCUCCUGUUUCUUUUGUUGAGUCGAUCUUAAAUAAAGAUCUGGAAAUGCAGUUGGACUUCCCGCAUCUUUUGGAUGGAUAUUCAGAGUACUAA